UCUGUUGUUCCGGUGACGUAGUUUCAAGGUCGACGUUCCUAACACACCACCGAGCUGCUUCUUCAGGAAUUUGGUAAUUUUUUAUUCAUAAACGCUUCGAUUCUCGGUUUGACUAGGAUCGAUAUCUUGGUGUUCUCUUGACGAAAAAGAGGGCAUCUAGACGGAUCCAUCAUCUUGUACGAUUUCGGCUGGUCUUCGCCAUAAAACAGGCCAUUGACGUGGACAUGAGGCUAGCCUUAUCUUUACUAGUGUGUAUAGCACUCUUCGCAUUUACAAAUGCUUCUCCACCAAAGAAAAGAUGCUGCGACCCUGGCCCAGGGUGCGACAAUCCAUGCGGCGCGCCCAUGGGAAUGAUGCAGCCAGACCCAUUCGCAAUGCAACAGCCCAUGAUGGCCCCUCCCCCGUAUCCCAUGUACGGCCAGGCACCCGACAUGCAAAUGGCCCCACCCAUGCAAAUGGUCCCACCCAUGCAAAUGGGCGGUGACCCCUCAUGCUGCGAUCCCAUGAUGACGAAUCCCUGCAUGAAUCCUUGCGCACCCCAAGGCUCACCCCCACCCCCAGCGGCCCCACCAAUUGCUUACAAUCCUAAUCCUGGUGAGAUCACCGUUAAACUGAUGCAGACAUGGGACCCUGACAAGUUUCUCGAUGAGAACUCCGCCGGUUACAAGCUGCUGGCAGGAAACCUCGUGGCGGCUGUCAAAGCGGCGUUAAGAAACUACUACGGCCGAAAUGGUGGAUCAAUCCAAGAGCCAGUGGUAUCAAACAUCUACUUCAGAGAAGGCUAUGUCCCCGGUAAUCCUAGCACGAUGCCCAAGGUGGUCGCCCAUUUUAUGGUUAACGGUGGAUCGGACGAUGCUUCCAUACUACAGAAGGAGACGACCCCCGAUGGCUCUUUAGGCGAUGGUUUCAAAGUCUACAGAGAUUCUUUCAACGCUUACUAAAAGAUAUAUCGACUACGAACAACUGAACGACAUAUAAAAUGUGCGCAAUUAAGCGCCUAGCAUACAGAUGCCAUCAUUGUAUAUAUGCGACGCGCGCCCAACUUAAAUGGCCCGCCAUGUAUCAUAUGGACUUUAUAGCAGCCUUUCUUACAGCCUAAAGGGCCUGAGGAAUGGCGAUCCGAGAGCAGGGCUGCGCUUGGGCAGUUGGUUGAAAAUAAAUCAUUUAAAACAUAAACAAUAGAACAAAACGAGACGUCCGACAAUUUUCUUGAUUUAUUCUUAGCCGUUUUUAUUAUCCUGUGUAAAUCAGGAAGUGUUUUGGUAUGUGAUAAUCACGUGAUGUCAAAGGUAUAAUGUUCCUCAGGGAGGUAAUGUUUUCCUCUCCGCCUAAAUUAUUAGUCGAACAGUCACGGCAACUGUGGAGGGUUGUAAAAAGUGUUUCAUACAAAAACGAUCGGCAUUUACCGCUAGUUUGAAGACAGGCAGACUGAAGUGGGUUUCUUUACAAGUAAAAUGUAUGUAUAAUAAAGGUAUUACUAGAA